AUGUACAAGGCCGUCAUCCUGCCGACGCUACUAUACGUUGCGGAGACUUGGACGGUGUACACAAAGCAGGCACGCCGUUUGAACCAUUUCCACUUCUGUUGUCUUCGUCGCAUCCUGAGGCUGAACUGGCAAGACCGAAUUCCCGACACUGAUGUGCUGGAACGGACGGGAAUCCUCAGCAUCUACACCAUGCUGAGACAAAUGCAGCUGCGCUGUAGCGGUCACCUGGUGCGCAUGGACGACGAGCGACUACCCAAACGACUCUUCUACGGAGAUGUCGCGAGGGGUUUUCGCCGCCAAGGAGGCCAAAUUCGCCGUUACAGGGACACUCUGAAGUCCUCCCUGAAGCGCCUGCAAAUCAACCCGACCUAUUGGGAAGAGCUCGCGCACGAUCGACCGACCUGGAGGAGGACGGUAAGGACAGGCGCUGCGAUCUACGAAGCCAAUCGCAUCGCCGCCGCCAAAGCGAAACGCGAAGCCCGCAAAUCACAACUUCGCCCAGUCCGCAACGCCGACGCACAACCGCUACCUACGUGUCCUCGGUGUCAACGGACAUCCAGGACUCGAAUUGGAGCUGUUGGACAUCUUCGGAUCAACUGCACCUCUCGGACUGCACCGACUAUCGUCCCCCCGCCCGUCUCUUCUUCGUCCUCUCCGCUGCGAACUAACUCUGACUAUUCUUCUAAACCACCACUUCCAUCCUCCUCCUCCUCCUCCUCAUUCACUGCCCCAACGGCGGCCGCUCAGGCGGCCGUCUCGCACAUCACCAACCGCGACACAACAACAGACACCACCCCCACCUCUCCCGUCUCCAGCGAUGAGGAUCAGGACCACACCUGCCCUCACUGCGACCGCAGCUUCACCUCACACAUCGCACAGAGACUGGCGAGCCAGUGCCUGGAGUACCAACCUACACCCUCCGCACUCGCCUCCACUGCCCACACUGCCCUCGCACCUUCAGGCAUCGCAUGGGUCUAUUCGGCCACAUGCGCAUUCACGAGAGCGGAAUUGACCGCAAUACUGACUGAUCCAUCAUGUCAAACCCCACCCCCCACGUCAUCAUCCUGCGCUCCCGCCGCCCUUCCCGCAGCUGACACCAGCACUACCGAAUUCACCUGCCCACACUGUCAGCGCACAUUCACAUCUCGCAUCGGCCUGGUCGGUCACUUGCGAAUCCAUCGCACAGAGACUGGCGAACCAGUGCCUGGAGCACCAGCCUAUACCCACCAAGCUCGCCUCAACUGCCCACACUGCCCUCGCACUUUCAGGCAUCGCAUGGGCCUAUUUGGUCACAUGCGCAUUCACGACGACCUGCGGUAG